AUGCGAAUCGCCCUGGGCUGCAGCCGCUCGGCGCCGCGCCGGCUCGCUGGGCUGCAAGAUUUGGGAGACGAGCGCGCACGCUGCUCGUUCCCUCCUCUCUUCUGGCUUUCUCUCCUCCUCCCAUCUUUCUCCUUUACCUUCCUUCUCCCAGGUUUACCUUACCGGGGCCGGCGGCUUCUUCCUCCGCGAUGCCUUAGCGGCAGCCCCAGGGACACUCGGCGGCAGCGGCGGGAGCAGGUUGGCGAGGGGCCAGGCGCGAUCGCAGGGUUCUCACUUGGCCGCGGUGGUGGCGGCGGCAGUAACGGCGGCGCCGGCGGCGGGCGAGGCAGCUCCAAGCGGGCAACAACAGAACUGGUCGGUGAUUUAGCCCUGGACUUGAUCGGCAGCCCGGAGUUUUGGGCCUUCUCGGGUUCAGGGAAUGACCCUGAUAGAAGCUACGAGGCUUGCAGAGCUCAGCGUUAG